CUGCUCCAGAAAUCUAUUUGCAAGCUGACCAGAAGAAGUGUACGUCACACACGGAAGUGUCAACAUGGAGGACGGUAAAGAAGUUUCCACGAAUUCACUUCUGAAAGAUGAGUGCUAUUCGAAUUUCCUGGACGAAGAUUUUGACGUGAAGACGUACACAGCACAGGCUAUCCAUCAUGCCGUCAUCGCUGAGCAGUUGGCCAAGCUGGCACAGGGCAUCAGCCAGCUUGACAAGGAGCUGCACAGCCAGGUUGUGGCAAGGCAUGAAGACUUGUUGGCUCAGGCUACAGGGAUCGAGUCUCUUGAAGGGGUUCUUCAGAUGAUGCAGACGAGGAUUAGUGCACUGCAAGCCGCUGUUGAGAGAAUGAGGACAAAGAUUGUUGAUCCCUAUAACAAGAUUGUGGGCAGAAUCACUCAGCUAGCCAGACUGCAGGUGGCCUGUGACCUGCUGCGGAGGAUCAUACGCAUCUUGUACCUGAGCAAGAGGCUGCAGGGCCAGCUGCAGGGUGGCAGCAGGGAGAUCACCAAGGCUGCUCAGAGCAUCAAUGAACUGGACUACUUGUCUCAAGGUGUGGAUCUGAGCGGUAUAGAGGUGAUUGAGAACGAUCUGCUGCUGAUCAGCAGAGCUAGGCUGGAGGUAGAGAACCAAGCCAAGAGACUACUGGAGCAGGGCAUGGAGAUCCAGGUCUUGGUUAUAGUUGGUUUGGUGCAGAACAGUCAUACAACAGUCAUAUCCUGUUCUGCAGCAGUUUGUCCCACAACUGCUCUGAAGAACCCAACCCAGGUUGGAACAGCUUUGCAAGUUUUUUAUAACUUGGGCAGUUUAAGAGAGACUAUCAACUCUGUGGUAGGGGGUUAUCAGACCACCAUAAAGGAUAAUGUCACUAAAGCCCUUGACAUCAAGGGUUUGACACAACCAACUAACCCCAGAGGAGCUCCUGGGAGAGCAGUGAUGCCUACACCAGGCAACACGGCAGCAUUCCGUGCCGCUCUAUGGACCAACCUGGAGAAACUGAUGGACCAGAUAUGUGCUGCAUGCAGACAGGUGCAGCACCUGCAGAAAGUCCUGGUGAAGAAAAGAGACCCUGUUAGCCAUGUGUGCUUUAUUGAUGAGAUUAUCAAGCAGGAUGGUCAGCCAGAUAUUCUCUACACCUUCUGGACAGAUGUAACUGGUACACUCAGUGAGAACUUUCAUCGAGCAACUGAAGCCUCCUCUUUCCUCAAGCAAGCUUUUGAAGGAGAGUACCCGAAACUUCUGCGACUGUACAAUGAGCUGUGGCGCCGUCUGCAGCAGUACAGCACAAGCCUGCUAGGGGCUCUGACGAGCAGCGGAGGGUUGGACAUGCCUCUGGACAUCACUACUGCAGAAAUCGAGAGCCAGGACCUGUUCACACAUGGAAAACAGGACUACAAUCCAGAAAAAGCCCUGAAGGACUCUCUGCAGCCGUAUGAGGCAGCAUACCUCUCCAAGUCCCUGUCCCGUCUGUUUGAUCCCAUCAACCUGGUGUUCCCCAUAGGGGGGCGCAACCCACCCUCCAAUGAUGAGCUGGAAAGCAUCAUAAAAACCAUCAGCAGUGAGCUGAAUGUGGCAUCAGUGGAUCCAAACCUCUCUCUUGCAGUGGCCAAGAAUGCUGCAAAAACCAUCCAACUCUUCUGUGUAAAGUCUGAGCAGCUGCUCUGUACUCAAGGAGAUGCCAGUCAGGUGAUUGGACCAUUGACAGAAGGGCAAAGAAGGAAUGUUACUGUGGUCAACACUCUGUACCGCCUACAACAGGCUGUUGCUAAGAUUAUUUCUGCUUUGGGAGCAUGUCCACCAGCUGCGGUAGAUGCCCUCUUGUCUUCUUUGGAGGGAGUUCAGGCCCUGAUGAGCAGCGCAGUGCAGCCUCUGCUGCAGUCUGUGAGCGACUCUAUUGAGGCCAUCAUCAUCACACUUCACCAAGAAGACUUCUCAGGGCCUCUGUCCAGCCCUGAUAAGCCAGACGUUCCAUGCUCCCUGUACAUGAAGGAGCUGCAAGGUUUCAUCUCCAGAGUAAUGGCCGACUACUUCAAACGUUUCCAGUGUGUGGACUUCGUCUAUGACAACACAGAGUCCAUCGCCCAGAGAGCCAUUGAGCUGUUCCUUCGCCAUGCGAGCCUCCUGCGCCCACUGGGGGAAGGAGGCAAAAUGAGGCUGGCUGCUGACUUUGCACAGAUGGAGAUGGCUGUAGCCCCUCUGUGCAGGAGAGUGUCCGAUUUGGGGAAGCCAUACAGGAUGUUGCGCUCUUUCAGACCUCUGCUGUUUCAGACCAGUGAACUGAUUGCCAGCAGUCCUGCAGUAGGUGACUUGAUCCCCUACAGCACUGUGCUUCACUUUCUCUUCACAAGAGCCCCAUCUGAGCUCAAAUCACCUCAUCAGAGAGCAGAGUGGUCCAUUGCACGUUAUUCCCAGUGGCUGGAUGAUCACCCCUCUGAGAGAGACAGACUCGCCCUCAUCAGGGGGGCCCUGGAGGCCUACGUGCAGUUGGUGAGAGCUCGGCAGGGAAAAGAGUUUGCUUCCAUCUAUCCCAUCAUGCUGCAGCUGUUACAGAGGGCCACCAGUGCUGCUCAGGGGCCCAAAGCCUGAAGGAGCCAGCAGUGGUGCUGCUGUCAGAAUCAGAACUUCUUAAUGUUACUGCAUGUCAUAUACAUUUGCUGGAUCCUGUGCAGGAACAGGCACUGAUGUUUCCAUGUACAACACUGAGUUAACUUUAAGAAUAAAGGAACUAAUGUUU